AGUUUUCCUGUCCAUCACAAUUCACUCCCGACCUCCCCACUCCGUUCCCCAUUUCCCCAUCCGUGCGAGUGCGCCGGCGGCCAAGAGCAUUGCGGCCAAAUCUGCCGUCCCGCCGGCCGCCGGCCAUGGAGGCCGCCGCAGCGCCCGCGGCGCCCGUGGCCAACCAGGGGGAAUCCCAUGGGACCGCAGCGAAGACAGCACGGUGCGGCAACUCCGACGAGAGCGCCGCCGAUUACAUCAGCAGGGUCCCCGAUGCCGUCCUCUGCACCAUCAUCUCCCUCCUCCCCACCAAGGACGGCGGCCGGACGCAGGUCUUCUCCCGCCGAUGGCGCCCCUUGUGGAGCGCCGCGCCUCUCAACCUCGAGGUCCGCGUCCCACACCCCGGCCGCGGCGUCCCCAUCCGCACCUCCUCCGUCUUCCCCGAUGCCGCCUCCGAGGUAAUCUCCAAGCAUCCUGGCCCCGCCCGCCGAUUCUGCUUCCACGGCCUCUGCCCCGGCGACCUCCAAGACCAGGCGGAGAGCUGGUUCCGCUCCCGAGCCCUCGCCAAGCUUCAGGAGCUCGAUGUCGGCUACACGAGCUGCGAUGAACGUAAUCCAGGGAGAAACCCGCUUCCGCCAUCGGCGCUCCGCUCUGCACCUACCCUCCUAGCUGCCAAGAUCAGCUCUUGUGUUUUGCCCCGAGAGAUGGUGCCGUCCAUGGGCUUUGACCUCCUCCAGCGUCUCUCCUUGAUCUCCGUUUACAUCUCAGCGGACGUCUUCCGCGGACUGCUCCCUGCUUGCCAUGCCUUGGAGAGCUUACACAUGUCCAACGUUCUUGGUACGCGUUGCCUCCAUGUUCGCUCGCCCACUCUUAGGAGUAUAUGCUUCCGUGACACCUCUGGUAAAGUAGAGCUGGUCAUCGAGGAUGCGCCUCGCCUUGUGAGGAUACUAAUGCCUUUUGGUAUCCGAGAAAAUUGUGGUACUAUCCGGGUAAUUUGCGCGCCUAAAUUGGAGAUAUUGGGCCCUUUGUUACCUGUCAUCUCCAAGCUCCGAGUCUCCCAGGGAGUAAGUUCAGCCGACUUGGCAAACUCGAUGCACACCGUGAAGAUUUUGGCUCUUAGGUGUUGUGGAUAUGAAUUGGAUGGAGUUCUUAGUAUUCUUAGGAGGUUCCCCUGUCUCGAGAAGCUCUAUAUCAUUUUUCACAAACACUACGAGACGGAUGCGAAAAUCGAGCCUCAGUAUGACCGACUAUAUCCAGUUGAAUGCCUUCAAGCCCAUCUCAAAAUAAUGGUGUUUGAAACAUUUGUGGGCCAUGAUAAACAGCUUGAUUUUGCCAAGUUCUUUGUUUUGAAUGCAAAGGUGCUAAAAUAUAUGGAAUUUGAAGGAAUAUAUGGUGCCAGGGACAGUGUGUCGCUGGCUUACCAGCACACGCUGCUACGAGUGGAAAACAGAGCUUCUCGAGAUGCCCAAUUUGAAUUCAGGAGCAGAUAUCGCAAUACUGCGAUUCAUCUCCGCAGGCAUAGCCAUGAUUUGUCAAUGGCCGACCCCUUCGAACAGCUAUAGACCGGGUGGAUGCCUGAAGAUCGCGCUGCUCUUAGUGUCUUGUGCUCGUUUUGCAGGCGAUGUUGAUGUCAAAUAAUUGCACUGUCUUCCGCAUAGACCUGCUCUUUUUCUAGUGUAAGGUUCCUCUGUAAUUCAAGUACCUUAUGAAGUUGCCCCUGUUAAAGCUGCAAGAGAUGCUUUUAGAUGCAAAAAGAAUGCACUGUGAAAAUUUCUGAUGGGGAGGGAUGCAAAAAAUAUGACUUUGGAUUUGUACCUGGAGACAGCUGGUAAGCACAAUUGUUUAUGGCUUUGUUCUGCCUAAGCUGUGCUAGGAA